AUGGAGUCUUCUGCUCUCCUCCCUGCUCAGGUGUCGGGGAGCACCACCCGGGAGGCUCCCAGGGCUCUGUUUCUCUCCCGGGGCUCCGUCAUGUCGUGCUUCUCCCAGCUGUGGCAUUCCAGCACUCCGGACUCUCCCACCAGCCCGACCCCUGCCUCUCCUGGUGAAGUCCCCAUCCCCAUCAGCCCCAUCGUGGUGACCUCGCCAGGAGAUGGCAAGAGGAAGGCCAGAUCCCCCACCAGCUCCCCGGGCUCGCCCAACCCAACCUCUCCCAAGCCGACGUCCCCCGUGGAGUGCUCCAUCUGCUUCAACACCUACGACAACACCUUCAAGACCCCCAAACUGCUCCAGUGCUCCCACGUUUUCUGCCUGGAAUGCGUGGCCCGCCUGAGCACGGGGCUGCCCCCCAACCAGCCCGAGGACCUGCUGCCCUGCCCCUUCUGCAGGCAGCUCACCAACAUCCCCCAGGAAGGCGCUCCCGCCCUGGAGACCAGCAAGGAGCUGCUGGCCACGCUGCCCCCGGAGCUGCAGCGGGAGAAGGUGCUGUGGAUGGAGGGCACCAAGCUGUGCUGCCGGAGGGCCUCGGACGACGCCGAGAACCCGGAGUCCUGCAUCUCCAUCGACGUGGCCAUGAGCAAGCCCGAGAGCCCCGAGGCCCCGCCGAGGGGGCUGGCGGGGAGGUUGUCCCGCUGCGAGGUGUGCGACGACUGGAAGCGCAUCCUCCUCCUCUCCGCCCUCGUCAUCAUCCUCUUCUGCAUCAUCCUCUGGCCCGUGCAGUGCGCCCUGAAGACGGGCAACAUGCGCUGCUUCACCAGGACUGUGGCCACCAUGAGCAGGCCCGAGUACCUGCCCCCCAAGCCCACCACGGCGGCGGCGGCGACAGAACCCCCUUUAUUCCAGUAG